GUCUAAAAGGCGCAAACUGAAGCUUGAGAUUGAGUGUUGUACGCCCUUCUUUAGCUCGUUUAUUCGUGAUCCAAAAAGCGAUAAUCUGCAACUGUUUGCUUUGCUCAUGCCCCAUGGUAUUUCACCGGUAAUGUCCAAAGCCGGGAGUAGCUUUGUGCGAACGGUGGCUCCCUUAAAGAUGCUUAGCCUUGCCGGGAUUCUGUGUAUUUGGUUCGUGACGGUUGCUCAUACAAGUACCGUAACCCACAUGGAAGAAGGGCCGUGCUUGAUAAAGAGAAAGCGCAUGACUAGACUUGACCCAGUGAAGGUCGGUUUUAUGCAGAAGAUGCAUCUAACGGCAGGGAAUCCACCUUACAUCGCCAGAACGCUCAGUAUUCGACCUCCAAUAUUUGAGAUUCCUGACUUUCUCUCGGCGGAGGAGUGUGACCGACUGAUAACCGUGACGCAGAACCACCAAAUGCACGCAAGUGACGUCAUCAGUGCAGACACUAGCGUGACAGAUACGGAUGCUGACGUCUCGUUCGUCCAAUGGGAUAGCGACAAGGAUGGGACUAUCAGCAGAGCAGAGAUUUAUAACUCGCUAUUGUACCUCCGGGACCUUCAUUUUACAGAUAAAGAUAUCGACACAAUGUUCAUCAAGCUGAAACUUGGCCAAACACAAGCAGGUCACUUGACGUCAAAAGAAUUUGAUGGGCGAAGGAUCAUGUCUUAUGUGGACCAGCUACGUCAAAGCGAUCCCAAAAUCAAAGGUCGUCAUAGCAACGAGACUUGGCUUGAGAUGGACGCCGAUUCGCAGCUUAUGAACACGCUUAACCACAGGAAAGCAAAACUGACUGGACUUCCUUUAAAAAUCAUCGAGGGCAGCGAACCACCUGUGGUAGUUAGCUAUGGUCCGGGGGGACACUACCACGGACAUUACGAUUCACAUAGUGUUACCGCCGACCAGCAUUGCUGCCAUCGCGGGGACGAGAAUGACUGUCGCAUAUGCAGAUACAUCACCAUCAUAUACUUUCUCACCGACGUCGAGAAAGGUGGCCAGACGGCGUUCCCAGUAGCAGACAAUGCAACAUUCAGCGAGACGGCCUGGCGUGACGCUACAAAACACGUGUCAAACUUAAGCUCCUACUGCGCAAGCGCCAACCUACUCGUCACACCAAAGAAGGGUAAAGCGAUCAUGUGGUACAAUCACGUGCUUGAUGGUCAGACGGGAUGGAUCGGGGACCUGGACCCUACUUCCUAUCAUGGCGGAUGUGACGUCAUUAAGGGACACAAACUUAUCAUGAACAGCUGGAUAAAUGUGAUCGGGGAAGACUUCGAGCACCUGAAACCAUGGCGGGAUAAGAGGGAACGGAUUGUUGGUUAUGGUUAGGGGAUUGUGCCGUGACGUGGUAGGCUAAGAGAAUGCUUAGUAAUCCGAUUCAUCCACAUCGAUUGGCUCGCAACAUCAGACUUGACAUUGUACAAGUUUAACAAAAAAAACUAGUCUCCAGACGCCGCGCGAUGCAUUACGGGAAGGUUAAAGAAGCGCACGGAAUCGGAAUUCUCCUCCGGUUCAGGAUUUCUGUGGAUGUCCGCACAACAGCAAAUAACGACUGAGUGCGAGUCGGGAAAAACUAGGCAACAACAUGAUGUUUGAAUUGCAUCAACUCCAAAACAUUUUGUACGCGUGCUACUUUAAGCUAUGUGCUGACGGAAGGUUGUGGCAGGCUCUUGCUCCAGAAAAUAACAUUCUGGAUAAAUAAAUACAUAUAAAACAUACAAGAUAACAAA